AUGAAGACCGAUUCCUAUCCGCGUUUCCUCAAAAGCGAAUGUUACCUCAACUUAUGUGCUCAGCACUCAGGUGGAGCAAACAUUCACAUCAAAUCUGCGUCGCACCUCGGUUCACCAAGCCCAACCUGUAUUCAGCCUGGCUUGACUGGCCUCAAUUCUCAAGCCACGGUCGCGAGCACAACUAAAAUAGCAAAUAAUCCUAUUCCAUUUUUAGAAUCAAAUCUUUCUGUUUCAACUCGUUUGGCUUUUUCUUGCUCCAGCCUUGCCGUGUUGCCUAAUGAGCUCGAGGAGGGAGCGACUCCAAGUCUUGAGUUACAGGACAGGUCUUGCUCUUCGUGGCGGAACAGCAAAUGCAGUAUCGAUGCCUAUGUUACGGGUUCUAACAGCUACAGCCAUGACGAACCUCUUGAUUGCCAUAUACAUACUUCUUCGUAUAAUCAGCAGAUACCCAUUUCACAUUCAGGUGGCUGGGCAUUGUUAAGGCAGCGUUUCUUUUCCCGACACGCACGUAAAGCUAAAUCAGCGACUAUCUCACGACGUCCCACUACUUUCACCAGACAUCGGAUUUCCUACCAUGAUCGAUCUCCUGAUCUUGAGUCUCAUAGCCCCACCGAAGAGGCAGGGGCAACGUCUAUGCUGACUCCUCUCAUUGUUACUAUGGCAUCAACAGUCGAUUGUUGGCCUUCUAUUGACAGGCACAAUCAUAUUGAUUCCAAUGCUACAUGUUGUGUCGCCAACUAUCCUUGCAGUGAAAUGGAGUUAACGAAAACACUGAUGCCAACCUCAGCCGUCGCGGACAUCAAGAUGGUAAAAGAACCUGAUUGCCCUAAUUGUAAAACACGAGCUUUCAAAAAUCUGAAUUACAAUCAACACCAUCCCCACAAGCCGCAUCAUUUUUACUCCCGUUAUCAUCUACGACCGGAUGUAACUCAAGGCAUCUUGUCAUUUGCCGCAGAGUCCACACCUUUGCGUAGACCUUUGAUGCAAAGGAAUGAUACAGAGAACGUCUCGCCCCUACCGGAAACGAGACCAUAUCAUAAUGAUUCAACUCCUAGGAUGAAGGGUAUGAGUUUCUUUUAA